AUGUCGGUUGGGGAUGAGAGCAAUGGCAGUAGCGCAGCAUCAGACGUUGCGUGUAUAACGGAUGAGAAUGAGCCUGUACAGACGCCACAUAAACGUCAAGUACGUCGAGGCGAAGUGAAUUGUCGUUGGUUGUACAACCAAGUACAGGCUUCACGUGGUCUGAUUCUUAUUGAUACAAGAAGUCGAGAUGAGUAUGAAAAAGAUUCAAUUCCAUCUGCAAUAUCGAUCCCACCAAUGGAAAAUUGUCGGACACUUGUGGAUGUUGAGAGUAAAGUCCUAGAAGAAGAACGUUAUUUGUUCUCAAGUAAGAAACGAAAACUUCGAGAGGUUGUGCUCUUUGGAGAUGCCGUGAAAAAAUCAUUAACAGACGAUGGAAAUGACUCGAAAAGCGGUACUUGGCUUCGAAAACUGGAACGAUUUAUCAUUGAGGAUGGACUUGUGACUAGUGUAAAGCUCUUGUAUGACGGCUUCCUUACGUUCAAGUACAGGUAUCCGUUCUACACGACGUCGGCGUUAUGGGAUGAGGUCUCGGGACAACGUACUCGAACUAUGAGUGGCACGCACAAUCUCAAUUAUCCGAACGAGAUUCUGGAAGGGUUUUUGUUUCUAGGCAAUAUGUGGCACGCUCAGUCCAAGCAAGUUGUGUCCCAUUUAGGCAUUACCCACGUUGUGAAUGCUAGUCUCGAUGUCGGGAAUAUAUUUGAGAAAGAGGGAGUGAAAUACCUGAAUAUUACCAUUAAGGACCGACCAGAAGCAGACAUUGGCUCGUACUUUGACAGUACGUACAGAUUCAUUGAGUCAGCUAAACGUGCGCAACAUGGUCGCGUCCUGGUGCAUUGUACGCAGGGAAUUUCGCGCUCGGCUACACUCAUUAUCAUGUAUUUAAUGCGCGCCAAUAAUUGGUCGCUGGUUACGGCUGUAAAUUUUGCAAUGGCUAGUCGGGGUGUCGUGUAUCCGAACCAAGGUUUUGUCAAAUCACUUAUGGUGGAAGAAUUUCGUCUGUACAAGGGAAACAGUAUCACCUCAGACGAAGUCGACACGAUGCUGCAGAACCUGAUACCUGAUCGACCUGUUCCUUUGCAAGUGCACUUGAAUAAAACAGAAAGCUGUUCGCGUUGCCACAAGAUGUUUUCACUGCUUGAGUGGAAGCACAAGUGCAAUUACUGCCGCAAGGCGUUUUGCAGCAAGUGCACCAGCACACGACUCGCAAACCCGGAACGCGAAAAGAGUGCUGCUAGUAAUGGUGCAGUGGACGAGCAGCGUCCCCGGCGCGUGUGCCAGGUUUGUGUAAGCAGGUUGUGGCAGAUAAAUUUGCCGCGAUCGCGAAAGGGUUUGCAAUCGUCCGUGCACCAACGUUGCAAACACUUGAACGUGAACAGUCUAUCGACGUUCGGACGCACGGUGUGCAUCUCGUAUUUCGAAGGGGCAGAGCCGCACGUGAUCAUGGACGUUCUCAAAAUCCGAUUUGGCGUCAAGGAAAAUCAAAUUAUUGACAUUUCACGGGACGAUGGCGAGCCGAUUCGCACCGUAGAGGAAAUUGUGGGGUUGCCAGACGAGGCUGAGGUGUUUGUCUCUGUGGGAAAAGCUGGUAACAUACAGGAGCACAGCCAGCGCGGAUCGAAACAGCAGCUGCACGGUUCCUCGACUACCUCGAAAUUCAGCAACAGCAAUUACUGUCAGUCGUUCUCACGCCAUUACCAGGAGCGCACGCGUCAACAAUUUCGUCGCGAACUGCAUUCACCCCGAGACCAAUAUGACCGUGACCGCAGGUCAUCAGAGGGCAUUGUUGAUACGCUGCAGCAAACUGAAACUUAUGGCCGUCACCCAGAUGCAGCCCGCGCUCGGUCUUUCCAAAUGGACACCGGCAAUAUCGAAGCGAGCUCGGAAGCACCUUCUGGUGUUGAAGACCCUGAAGUUGCAGAGCGCAAAUUUGGUGAGCUGUGGAAGCUGUCGUUUCCGUCAAUGGGUGUCAUUGAGCGCACAGAACUACUCAAAAUUAAGUGGCCGGAGAUCCUUAUGGACGUGAUGCUCGGUAUGAGCAGUCUCUCUUGUGGUGCGCUCACACUCCAGGAGUUCAGCCAGCGGCUCAUUGAGCUGGGAUAUGCCGACUCAGAUCGCCAGGCCGUGAUUUCUCUUUUGGACACGGCUCGCCGCGCCACAGGAAGGGUUGCCGGCUGA